GGGCAUUCAAGCUCGAUGCCAUAAUAUCGGCGGAAUCCAAGAGAGAAAAGAAAUGAAUGAAACCAAAGGCACGGCCAAGUAUAUAAAAGAUGUCCGGCAAUGAUAUCCGGCAGUCAGCGUUGGACUCAAGACGGAAAGGAAUCCAUAGACACCCACCGCCAAUAUGUGUGACGACGAGGAUCUUGUUGCCCUUGUGGUAGACAAUGGCUCUGGCCUUUGCAAGGCCGGCUUCGCCGGAGACGACGCCCCUCGUGCCGUGUUCCCCUCCAUCGUCGGUCGUGCCCGUCACCAGGGUGUGAUGGUCGGUAUGGGUCAGAAGGAUGCCUACGUCGGUGAUGAGGCCCAGAGCAAGCGUGGUAUCCUGACUCUCAAGUACCCUAUUGAGCACGGUAUCAUCACCAACUGGGACGACAUGGAGAAGAUCUGGUACCACACCUUCUACAAUGAACUCCGUGUUGCCCCUGAGGAGUCCCCCACACUUCUCACUGAGGCUCCCCUCAACCCCAAGGCCAACCGUGAGAAGAUGACUCAGAUCAUGUUCGAAUCUUUCACCGUACCUGCCACCUAUGUUACCAUCCAGGCUGUCCUGUCCCUGUACGCUUCCGGUCGUACUACUGGUGAGGUUUGUGACUCUGGUGACGGUGUGACUCACUUUGUCCCCGUCUAUGAAGGUUUCGCUCUUCCUCAUGCUAUCCUUCGUCUGGAUCUUGCUGGUCGUGACCUGACCCACUACCUGAUGAAGAUUAUGACUGAACGUGGCUACUCCUUCACCACCACCGCUGAACGUGAAAUCGUUCGUGACAUCAAGGAGAAGCUUUGCUACAUCGCCCUUGACUUCGAGAGUGAGAUGAAUGUUGCUGCUGCUUCCUCUUCCAUUGAUAAGUCCUAUGAACUUCCCGACGGUCAGGUCAUCACCAUUGGCAACGAGCGUUUCCGUUGCGCUGAGGCUCUGUUCCAGCCUUCCUUCCUUGGUAUGGAAUCUGCUGGUAUUCAGGAAACUGUCCACAACUCCAUCAUGAGGUGCGACAUUGAUAUCAGGAAGGAUCUGUUUGCUAACAUUGUCAUGUCUGGAGGUACCACCAUGUACCCUGGUAUUGCUGACCGCAUGCAGAAGGAAAUCACUGCUCUUGCUCCUUCCACCAUCAAGAUCAAGAUCAUUGCUCCUCCUGAGCGUAAGUACUCCGUCUGGAUCGGUGGUUCCAUCCUGUCUUCUCUGUCCACCUUCCAGACCAUGUGGAUCACCAAGGACGAGUACGAAGAGUCUGGCCCCGGCAUCGUCCACCGCAAGUGUUUCUAAAAUGGACACUCACACAGCAGGCGGUUUAAUCCAUUCUUCACAUCAACGUCAUGGGUAUUAACGCCCAGUAACUCAACUUUUUAACCAUAAAAAGAUGUACUGGAUGAAUUUAUGAUGUACUUUUAAUAA